AUGUCUACUCAACCCUCCGUUCUCGUUGUCGGCUCCGGCCCUUCCGGCCUCGUCGCCGCCCUCACACUCCUGCAGAACAACAUCCCGAUCCGCAUCAUCGACAAGAACCCCUCCCCGCACCCCGGAUCACGUGGCUCGGGCGUCAUGCCACGUACGCAGGACCUGCUGCACCAGCUCGGCGCGACGGUCCUGGUGCAGGCUCUCGAGCCGAUGGUGAGUAUCCGGACGUACAAGCCCGGUGGCGGGCUUGAGGUUGAGCGGGACUAUUCUAUGUUCGUAUCUAAGGAAGGGACGCCGCAUUUUCCUUACAUGAACCCGAAGAUGAUAGGUCAGAGCGGGAUCGAGGCGUACUUGCGUAGUCAUCUUGCGAAAUAUUCGUGUCAUGUAGAAUUUGGGACGGAGCUUCGCUCGCUCGAGCAAAAUGAAGAUGGCGUCGUCGCGCAUAUCGCGAAGAACGGCGAUCAAGAGACGCUGGAGACGAUCAACUUGCAGUACCUCAUUGGCGCGGACGGCGCCAAAGGCGUUUUGCGCAAGCAGCUGGGCCUUCCACUCGUGGGCAACACCCAGGAAGACCUGCGUACCGUCUUGGGCGACGUCUGCCUCACCGCUGAGGGCGUUGACCGCCAACACAUGCAUCGAUUUGGCGAUCCCAAGGGAGCUAUGGCUGUGCUCCGCCCAUGCCGCGAAGUCGGCCACCAGAACGGUGGUUGGCAGGUUUUGGUCGCUGACCCCACGAAAGACAUGGCUAUGCUCGCAAGCGAUGAAAACGAACUAGUCAACCACAUCAAAGCCGUCUUCCCUACGGAGGUCAGUUUCAGGAAGUUGAUUACAGUUGGCGAGUGGAGACCAAACAUCCGAAUGACCAAUACUUUUGCUGUGGGACGGGUGUUCAUCUGCGGUGAUGCUGCACACGUGCAUAGUCCAGCAGGCGGCCAAGGCCUCAAUUCCGGCGUCCAAGACGCUAUCAACAUUGCCUGGAAACUUGCCCUCGUCAUCAAGUGUCUCUCGCCUCCCUCCCUCCUUGACACCUACAGCACCGAACGAGUCCCCAUCAUCGCCGAAAUGCUCAACCUCACUACCGAGAUCUUCCAUCGCAAUGUCCUUAGCUCAAACAACCAGUACGAGCGGCCCGAGAAGCUCCGCAUGCACGGUGUUAACUACCGUUCGAGCUCCAUCGUUCUGGAGGAAAGGAACUCUGGAUUACCGCAGGCUCCUGCGUAUGGCGAUAUGGUCGAGGGCGAUGACAAGGUGCUGGUUGCUGGCGAUCGGGCGCCGGACGCUCCGGCACUGGUCGAUGGGAAAGGAAAGAAGCACAGGUUCUUCGACCUGUUCAAGAUGACGCACCAUACGGCUCUGAUAUUCGCGCCUUCCGUGGACUCUGCGAAGCCGUUCUCGGAUGCGCUUGCUACGUGUGUGGGUGGGACUGUCAAGCCAGUUGUUGUGCUUCCUCAGGCCGCUUCUAUUUCGUCCAUCGACGAGUUUAACGCGCUCAUCGUUUCUGAUGGGGAGGGUUACGCGUACUUAGGCUAUCAGGUUAAGAGGACGAGACCUACGCGGUAG